CGUGCAGCCGAGGUGCCGAGCCCAGCGCUGCGAUCCCGAACCUGCAACUUCGCGGGUCGGCAUCAUCAACCUCAAAUCUCGCAUUCGACAACGCAACUCGCCUGGUUCCAGAUUCGCCCUCUGCCGCCAGCCCACAUCCGCCAUGAUUGCCCAGCGAGCAGGAACGACGGCGCUUCGCCGAGUGGCUGGCAAGCCCAACUCCUUCUUCACCGCCAACGUGGCCAAGCUCGGUCUCGCCCAGCCGCUUUCCACCACCCAGACCAGACCAGUCGCGACGCAAAAGAUCACGGCGGCAGACGCGCAGGCCCUGCUGGCGAAGCAGCGUCUCAACCGGCCGGUGUCGCCGCACCUGGCCAUCUACGACAAGCAGCAGACGUGGUUCGGCGGGUCGGCGUGGCAGCGCAUCACGGGGUCGGCGCUGAGCGGGGGGCUGUACGUGUUCGCGACGGCGUACCUGGUGGCGCCGCUGGCCGGGUGGCACCUGGAGAGCGCGUCGCUGGCGGCCGCGUUCGGCGCGCUGCCGCUCGCCGCCAAGGGCGCCCUCAAGUUCCUCGCCGCCUGGCCCUUCGCCUACCACGCCGUCAACGGCGUCCGCCACCUCGCCUUCGACCUCGGCUACGGCUUCAAGCGCCAGACCAUUGUCAAGACCGGGUGGUACAUCUGGGGUGUCUCCGUCGUCGGGGGGCUGUAUCUGGCUUUCUUCCUUUGAGAGAGAAGGGGAAAAGAGAAACAACGAGUGCGGUCGUGAAAUGGGGCGGUCAAGUGCAAGGGCCUGAGGAGGAGAGAGGAUGAAGGGAGAAGGUGGUUGACCCAAACGCGAAGAAGAUCCCAGCGGUUGGGCUCGGCAGCAGAUUGUCGGGGUUGUUGGCCUGGGCCGUAAAUACUAGACAAGGAG